UAGCGGGCGCUGCCGCCCGGAAGGUCGGCGUGUGAGGGAGGUGGUGGUAACGCGGGUCUUCCCGCGGUUACUGAGGCGCAACGGCCGAGCAGAAGACCUCAGCCUGAGGCAGCGGCGAGAAGCAGACGGGCAGGCACACCAUGGAGGGCGGCGGGGGAAGCGGAAACAAAACCACCGGGGGCUUGGCCGGCUUUUUCGGAGCCGGCGGAGCUGGUUACUCGCACGCGGAUUUGGCUGGCGUUCCCCUAACUGGUAUGAAUCCUCUGUCUCCUUAUUUAAAUGUGGAUCCUCGCUAUCUUGUGCAGGAUACAGAUGAGUUUAUUUUACCUACUGGAGCUAAUAAAACCCGGGGCAGAUUUGAACUUGCCUUCUUUACCAUUGGAGGGUGUUGCAUGACAGGGGCUGCAUUUGGGGCAAUGAACGGUCUACGACUAGGACUGAAAGAAACGCAAACCAUGGCCUGGUCAAAACCAAGAAAUGUACAGAUUUUGAAUAUGGUGACCAGGCAAGGGGCCCUUUGGGCUAAUACUCUAGGUUCUCUGGCUUUGCUCUAUAGUGCAUUUGGUGUCAUCAUCGAGAAGACACGCGGUGCAGAAGAUGACCUCAAUACAAUAGCGGCUGGAACCAUGACAGGCAUGUUGUAUAAAUGCACAGGUGGUCUUCGGGGGGUAGCACGAGGUGGUUUAGCAGGACUAACACUUACCAGCCUCUACGCACUAUAUAAUAACUGGGAGCACAUGAAAGGCUCCUUGCUCCAGCAGUCACUCUGAAGAUUUUGCCGAGUCGUGAAUGGAGGACACUUUAAUAGUCAUCCAAAUCAACUUAUAAGUCAAUCUGGACUUAUUCUCUCUUCUACCUACAGUUAGUUUGAAAACUGGAUGUUCUGAUUUGCUGUGAUGAAGAUUGCUGAUGGUUUACCAGGACUGGCACUCCUUCCACCCAUGAGGGGCCAUGGUCCUUUGAUGGCUCACUGAGUAAUGUGCUUCUCGCCUCUAGGUGAAGAUCCCGCACACGUUCACAUUCUGCUACCCCUGAACUGGAAAACCACUUGCUCCCAGAAUUCAGGCCAAGUUUGUGGUCAACACUUACCAAGUUUGUCAUUUAAUGAUCCUGAACUGUAGUGUUGCCAUAUAUUACCAAUAAAGGGUAAAAUUAGAACCAGUCUUAAUUCCA